AUGGAACUAUCCAGACUUCCAGACAACACCUCAACACCACAGGCCACCCAAAGAUUCAUAAGCCGUCAACCAGCUUGGACUCCAGGCCAAGAACUUCCAUGGGAUGCUAUCGGUAUUCCGCCGCCCAAGAUUACAAGAGGAGCGUACGGCGCUGUUGUGUAUACACAAGCCCCUCUCGCAGCAGCUCGUGUCGUUGAACAAGAAGAUGAAACUGAACCGGUUGAAAACAAGAGAGGCAUUCAUUCUAUCCAUGCUGUCUUUACCAAUCCGGGACUUUCGGAUCGACCUUUCAUCCUUGAUGUAUCAGAAGUUCAUUCAAGCCGUUCAUUUUCUACACGUCUCGUCCAUGCCCGUCAACCAACAAAACCUUCGACAAACCCAUCAGGACCUUUUCCUGAGUCAGACUCUGAAGUGUCUUUAAGCAACCCUUGCUUAACGAGUAUUGUCACCUUCAAACGACCAGUUCUUAGUGCCGACCAAGUGCAAGGGAUCCCGCCUCAGGAGAGAUUCAAGGACAUUCUUUCUUCAAGAAAUCCCGAUGGAUGGGAUCCAUGUCCGCAAGCUGACGUUGACGCCCUGAAAGCAAAGUUCCCGAACGAAGGCCACGGGGCAUUCCCUAUCUUGGACAUGUACAAAGUCGACAUGUCCUCUUUCAACGCCGACAAAGAAAUACCGGAGCGGAGAGAAUUGAUAUACUAUCGAUUACUCAAACCUCUUGCUAGAGAAGAUAGCAAUGCACAUAUUCUGUGUCACGCAUUCGAAGCAGACCGUAACAGUUUGUUCAUGCUCGGUAAUCACCUGGGCUACGGCUACGACUUGGGCAUCGCAGCAAGCCUCAGCUAUUCUUUCUACGUUCACGUCAACGCUGGAGAAGCUGUCAUGGAAGGCAGUGAGUGGUGGAUACAAGAAGCUUCUUGGCCACGCUUCAGCGCAGGCAGAGGUGCAAUGGAGAGUUUGAUCUGGAGUCCACAGGGCAAGCAUGUUGCGACUGGCUACCAGGAUGGUAUCAUAUUGCCAACGGCGACGAAAUUGGAGCGAGAGACAAAGCUGUAG